UCUCAACUUCUCACAUCUCUUACGUCUCAUCUCCUCUCAUCUCCCCUCUGUUCUCUCUAUCAUUCUCUCAUAUCAUCUCUAAGCCAUUGAGGAUUUCUAUCACCCUCUUGGGAACUCCUUCUUCCAUUCUUCUCAAAAGACUCCAUGCUCGCCAUGCCUCGCGCACCAAAGGCCAGUCCCGCUUCCCAUAGGAACUCCAUCUCCACCGCAUCCGCGGCAGGAAGUGGGGGCGGCGGAGGAGUCCGAAGCACAACCUGGUCGACCAAGGAUGAUCAGACCCUGAUAGAGGCGCGAGCAAAGAACCUGAACUGGAACCAAAUCGCCCCAAACUAUUUCCCCUCCAAGUCACCCAAUGCCUGCCGCAAACGACACGAACGUUUGAUGGAGAAGCAGAAUGCCGAGCAGUGGGAUGGUGUGAAGCUUGAUGUCCUCGCACAAGCAUACAUGGACGUGCGACGGGAGAUGUGGAGCAUUCUCGCCGAACGAGUCGGCGAAAAGUGGACUCUCGUCGAACAAAAGUGCAUGGAGAAGGGACUCAGGAACCUCACGCACGCAUCUCGGACCGCACAAAAGAAACAGGAUUCCGAAGAACGCCACGAGCGUCCCCAAGAAAUGCAUGACGUCCCCCCUGACUCUGCAUUCUCCUUCCAAACCACCUUCCCGUCCCAGCUCCCACGACCAUCGUAUCAGGAGCAACAGCAACGCCAGCAGCAGCGAAUCCCUAGCAUCCACAACAUGCUUGGGUCGUAUCCCGGCUCCAUAGGCCCGUCUGGGCUGUAAAUCCACAUCUUAACCUCCUCCCUCCAACCAACGGGCGUCGGCCCUUCCCUCUGCGAACUACAACACCUUUCGACGCAAGCCUCACGACCUUUAACGACCUCCUCCGAUCUUUUAUCCCAUUUCGAUUCCCCGCAGUUUUCGAAUCAUCGGGUUCCUAACUGGCACCAAUCAUUCGCUGAUACAUUCAUUUCUAGGUGAAGACUACAUUUAUCACACUUGUUUUCUUAUUCCCCACUUGUUUUCUCAGUUCCUCCUUUCCAUUUUCGUACUUUUCAUAUACCACCUUUCCCCUAGAGUCGAGUCAAAAGGGCGGAUCUUUGCACAUUUGCAUUUUAGUUAGCCGGCUUGGAAUGUUUCCU